UUAAGGCCAUUAUCCGAUCUAAUCCAAUACACUAAUUAAUCAAUACAAAUCCCCUAAAGCUAUAAAUAGAAAUAAUUAGAUGGAUCGACAAAAUAAAUAAAGAUAAGUACGAUGUGUCUCUCUGCCAAAUCUAGGUGCUCUCUGGAUAACAACAAUUUCAACAUCUUCUAGCGAUUAUCGAUCCAUCCGUCUUCAUCUCCAUUGAAACAUUCUUCACCUUCGCCACGUACAGCUUCGGUUACAGUACGCAUUCAUGUCGAUCGCAUUGGAUAGUAGUAGUACCAGGAUCGACAUCGCGCCCUCGUCUGGGUUCGUCGCAUGUGGGUUGCUCUUCGAUUCUCCGGAAAAUUGCCGGAGAGUCCCCGCCGGCGAGGCUGCGGUUUCUUCGACGACGUCGUCGUCGAUCGGGAAUAACAGCGAUGAUGAGUCUGGGAGCGAUGACGGCGAGAAUGAUGAGGCUCAAAGCUCGUAUAAAUGUCCUUUGGAUAUGAUGAACGCGUUGGAGGAGGUUUUACCUAUGAGGAGAGGGAUCUCAAAAUUCUAUAACUACAAAUCCAAGUCCUUCACGUGUCUGGCAGAGGCUUCAUCUUCUUCCAACAUCAAAGACCUUGCAAAACCGGACAAUGCAUAUACCAGAAAACGCAGGAACCUACUGGCCUCCAACAACAUGUUGGAGAAGAACCGAAGCUUUCCACUGAGAAGCAAUGGGGGUGGUAUUUCAAAGAGACCCAUCUCAACAAGUCGAAGCACAUUGGCUUUGGCAGUUAAAUUGAGCAGCUGCUCUGAAACCAGUACCAGUAGUACAAGUGAGGAUUCGAAUUCGAGCUCAACUUCGAUGUCACCGCGGGCUCUUCCGCCCUAUCAUCCAGUGGGAAAUUCCGCAGCUUGGAGGUCAUAUUCCUUAGCUGAUUUGCAAGAAUGUGCCACUUCUGCUGCAACUGUGAAUGCUUCUCGUUUUUCUACUACGAAACCAAAUAUGCAACACUAACUUGAGUUUUCCGCCAAUCUUCUUGCCUACAUCGAGUCAGAGUUUGCUUGCAUGGUGUUGUCGGGAAAUGGUUUUCUUUGUCUAAUCUUCAUUGAAAGUGUAAGGUAGAACUUUGAAAUCUGAUGUUGUUUUGUACAUAUUUUUUAACGAGUAAAAAAGCCCAAAUCGCAGUCCACGGGUAUUGUUAUAUGAAUGUUUCUGAA